AUGGCUGUUGACCCACUCUUAGUUGGGGUUCUCGGGGUCCUUUCUGGUGCAAUAUUAGUGGCUUUGAUCCACUGCCUAACCGUUAACUGUCUCCAUAAUAAUGCUCUAGGCACCACCGAGCCGGCUAGGCCGCCAAACAUGGAUCGCAGUCCAAGAAUUCGGGUUGCCCGUGAAACCAACUCUAGAUUGUCACUCCCGCUAAGUGCAAGUGGCUCGAGCUCAAGUAGUUCAUCGACGUUGUUGGCUAUUCAUAAGUACUCAAAAGAGUUUAAAGAAGGGACAUGUGUGGUUUGUUUGGGUGAGUUUGAAGAAAAUGAGGAGGUUAGAAUAAUGCCGGAAUGUGCACAUGUUUUUCAUGUUUCGUGUAUUGAUAUGUGGCUUUUUUCGCAUGAUAAUUGCCCUCUUUGUCGGGCUAAUGCCAUACCUCGGACACAUGAUGUUCUUAUAUCUAUCUUGGCUUCCUCCCGACCAGUUGAGUAA